GCCCACGGACUUUGUCCCCUUGAAAGCCGAGUGCUUUCAACAAACUCUUGCCUAAUUUCACCGUUUUCAGUUCAGACGCAAGCUUCAGAAACAGAGGGAAGGGGCGAGAUGAAGACGAUGACGGGGUCUCUGUCAAUUGGUUGUAAAUUUGGAGUGCUGAUUUUUGGAAUUAUGUUGUCGUUGAUGAUAAAUGCACCGAAGAAAGUCGUAGCUUCGAAGUCUCCGUCAGCUUUUGUCCAGACCGUCAUCUACUCCAAUAAGAUCGCCAUUUUCUCCAAAUCAUACUGCCCGUAUUGUCGGCGUGCCAAACACAUCUUUAAUGAACUACAAGAGCAACCUUAUGUUGUGGAGCUUGAUCUUCGAGAUGAUGGGUACCAAAUUCAGAAUGUGCUUUUAGAUCUGGUUGGGCGUCGUACUGUUCCUCAGAUAUUUGUGAAUGGGAAGCAUAUUGGUGGCGCUGAUGAUCUUGAAGUAGCUGUCCGGAGUGGUGUGCUGCAAGAUCUCCUGGAUGGCAAUUGAAAACAAAGGGAAAACUGUGAAACCCAAUGUCCGUGUGUUAGCUUGGAUGUGGCAUUACCCAUUUGUAGGUAUGAUGGAUCCAACUGGUUUUCAUGGUGACAUGCAGCAGCUCUGUGGGCAUCAAUAUUAUCUUUUGAUGUAAUGUUGACUUUUCUCCCUCUUGGGCAUGUAAACGUAAAUCAUGCUGGUGAAAGAAUAAUUUGGAGAAACCGGAUGUCUAUUUCUUUUAUUAUAGUUGCCCGCGUUUUUUUGUACAAAGAAACGUUCUUAUUCGUAUCUUCUCCUCAAUCAGUCCACUUCCUAACAUCUACAAAUAUUUUGAUGUUAUAUUCUGUUGGGUAGGAAGAUUGACAAUAUCUUUGAGAUACACACAUAUUUUCAAAGUG